GACUCCCCUCAGUCUGUUUUUAUCAGUGCUCUGUCGAAAAGCUACAAAAUCAGAAAUCUAAGGUUUACGGGAGAUUGUGAAAAUAAUAACAAGCUGUUUUGGGGUUACGGUUUUGGUGUAUAUCACCCUUCGGCUGUUCGUAUCACGACUAGCUGGGAAACACAACUGUAUACUUACUUUGCGCCGGGAACUGUCACAACUGAAAUUGGUGGAUGCAUGGAAACAGAAAAUAAUAAUUUUUACUGUGUGAGAUAUCGGGGGACAAAAACGACGCUUUUCCCCUUGGCUUACCAACAACACAUCCACCUGACCAAGUUAGAUGUAGUAAUUAAGUUGGUGCUGAGACUUUCCAGUGGGCAUCUACCGUCUCAUAGAGCCCGCUAAAGCUGAAAGCUGAUUGGCUGAUGGUAUACCCAUGAAACAACUAUGGAGACCAAAAGACACCAAUGCUUCCUUGAUAGAAUGAACUGUGAGAAAAUGUUGAGUCAAGUGCCUAAAUCAAUGGAAAACAGCUGUUCUUUGGAUGAAAAUCAGACCGAAGAUAAUGCAUUGAUGGAGAUCCUAAAUGUCACAGCUACUGGCUUCAAGGAAAAUGGUGGGAACAAGUUGGAACAGGCUCUGGCUUUUCAGCAUCAGAAUCAGAAAUUUGUUUUCCCAACUUUAAAUAAUAACAACAAUAUUAAGCUGGAGACAGACUCCAAGGAACUUUCCAAAACUGUGGCUGAGUCUAUGGGCUUGUAUAUGAACUCUGUAAGAGAUAUAGAUUAUAGUUUUGGUCAACAGAAUCAACAAGGACAUCCAAGCCCUGUGAAGGGCUAUCCAAACAGUGGGCAGCAGAUUUAUACAAGUGAAGAGAAUCUGUCUGCAUCAGCUACGAGCCCCAAAAUGAACACUUUGGGUUCACUUAUCUCAUCCCCUUACUCUGCAAUCUCCAACCUUUCUAAUAUUAAUUCUAUGGAGUGCUCAGCCAGCAGCCCAGCCAACACCAGCAAUAUGGCUGCUUCUGUUUAUAGUCCCCAGAACACAAACGCCUCUAUUUCCAGCCCUGUCAGUAACAAUCUGGUGUCUUCAACCACCAGCCCUCUUGUGGAUCCUUGUACUGCUGUCAGCAGCCCCAUUGAUUAUAGCUCUGGGGUAUCAAACCUUGCUAAUGUACAUGCAAGAAACUCUACUGCUUGUAGCCCCACAAAUACCAGUAAUAUGGGCUCUCCACUUUCAAGUCCUCUUAAUACUAUGAGAUCGCCCAUCUCGAGUCCCCAAAGUAUGUGCAGUGUGAAAUCUCCUGCCUCGAGUACUGCUAACAUGAGAUCUUCUGUAUCAAGCCCUAUUGGUAAAAACAUUAACAUUAACAACAUGAGAUUCUCCAUUUCAAGUCCUUCGGCUGUUACAAAUAUGUCAGUAGUAAGCCCUCCAUAUAACUCGACAGGGUUUCCCAUCUCCAGCCCUGUUGGUGCACUUGGUCUGGUUCAGAAUGAUAUUAACAGCCCAGAUGACAGAGACCACGAUAUGAAAAGGUUUGAAUUUCCAAAGGUUGAAAAAACAGACGGCGAAAUAUAUAGUUGUGGGGUAGACGUGAUGGGCAAGUUCAUUAAAAAUGAACCUGGCACUGGUUUUGAUAACAUGUGUCUUUUAAGUGACAACAAGCCAAACUUACCCAGUUCUCAUUUUGCCACACAUGUUAAGAAUGAAUCGGAUAAAGGGUCGUCUUGCCUGAAUGCACACUAUAACGGACAGCAGCAACCUUUAACCCCCUUUCCUGUUUCAGAAACCACUUACUUGUCUUUGAGGGACAAUGUAGAUGAGUACAGCCUUUCUGGGAUUUUAGGACCACCUUUUGAUUCAUUAAAUGGCAAUUAUGACCAUGAGGCAUUUUCUAACAAUGACUUGCCUAAGAGAAUUAAACAGGAGCCUGACGAUGGCUGCUAUUAUCAAGAGAAUAAUAACAUGCCGACAUCGGCUAUUGUUGGAGUUAAUUCAGGUGGACAUUCAUAUCAUUACCAGAUUGGAGCGCAAGGAGCAAUGUCUUUUUCACAACCUGACGCGAGAGACCAAUCAAACCCUCUUCUAAAUCGAAUUUCUCCUGUUACGGCUGUGAUGGAGACAUGGAAAUCUCACUCUGGCCUGUCACAAGGCUCUCUGCCAUCAAGGGGCGAUGGCUAUCUGCUGCAAAGAUGUAUUCCAGAAAACAUGAGGUGAGGGAAAAUAGUUUUACAUUAAAGUUAUAGAAAAUAUGCAUUUACCUGAACCGUGUACAUGAUAACAUAAGAUAGAGUAGUCAUCUAAUUGACUUGCUUAUAAGCUUUACCUUAUAGUUUGAUUGAGCAUUUUAAAGUUAUUUAUGAGUAACAUUUGAGCCAUAAAACAUGACUUACUUUUGACUAAAUGACUAAAUGUAUUUCAGAAUAGAUACUGAGCUACAGAUAAUUAACCCUUUGCGGUCCAUUUAUUCAGCACCUGUCAGGCGCGUCAGGUCUAAUUUAUUAUUUAUUUUCACAUGAGCUGUUUAAAAGUAAUUUUAUUCACUGUAAAACAGGUUUAAAUAUCAAAAGGACACUCAGUACUGCAUCUCCAGCUCUGCCCCACUCCUUGUUCGCUUUAUUUAUCACAUAUCUCUUCAUAGUAGUGCAUACUGCUCACUCGAUUUAUCACCAAACUCCUCAAUAAUGCUAUCCAAGUUGUUAUUUUAUUACUAUAACAGCUUGGCAAAUGUCCACUAUUGUCUUUGAGAGCUGGAUGCGGAAGCAGCUAUCUUGUUUGUUUAUGUCCAUGUUAUGUCUGUGGUGAAGGGACUAUGCGUAUUGCUCAGAUCCGCCUCCGUUUUUUUUUUUCUCGACUUCUCUCGGCUUCUGUCGGCCUCUCUCGGCCAUUGAUAGCUUUUCUCUGCUUUUUCCAGAGAAGAAACGACUAGGGACCUGUGUAUGAUGCCUUUUUGAUGAUGUCAGACAGAGUCCGACAUCAGACUGGAAAGGAAAAAUUGUAAUGUCGGACUUGGUCUGACAUAGGACCGCAAAGGGCUAAUAAUGGAGGAUAUUGGUCCUGUGUCAGAGUACUCGUAAAGCAAGCUUUGUUCACAGAUAAACAGCUGGUCAGCGUAUGUAUAACAAUAAAAUAGGCACCUGGGAACAAAAUGUGCCAAAAAUUCUUUGCACAACUUUAGACUAUAAACAUAUUUCCCUCAUUGCUCUAUAGGUAAAUUAAUUUUAUAACGGGCUAUGGGAUGUAUUCAUUCUUAGACAACAGGGUUCACAGAAGGUAUUCUAGUAGUAUUAUUGCACUUACUGUAAACCAUACUGUAUUUAAAUAUUAACCUUACACUGUAACCCUGUACUGCCCUGUAACACCUGUUUUUCUGAUUAUUCAGGUAUUUUUAGGGAUUGUCUUACUAGAACAGUGCUGGCUGUGGUUAUACUAUUUUGUAUUUUAAACAUAAAAUGGCAGAUGCUCUUGUUGCUGUCAUUUCUAGAUCUUGGUAAAUGUAAUGAGUAUGUGGAUACUGUACACAUGCAUUGUGACUGCAAGUUGUUUUUCUUUUACUUAUACAAAUCAUGUGGAAAUGGGAGCUGUUUGUAAAUUGUAGUGUAAAUUAGUAUAAUGUGGUAAAUUACAAAUUAGGUUGUAGAGUAUUCAGCCAUGAUAACAUGUUCAGUUUUUGUAUGUGAAUCUUUUCCUCUAUCAAAAAAAAAAAACAACAAAAAUAAAAACUUUAAU